CAUUUCUUUUAUCAUAUGUUUAUUCCUAUUUCCUCAUGUGUAUGCUGGUUUUUGAGUUUACAGGAUGCACGUCAUCCCAAAUUGUCAGGUGCUGCAGUUUUUGUGAAAAAGCUGCAUGAUCUUGCAGUUCAGAAGAGGGGCUAUGUAGAUCUGCAUGAGAUGGCAAAGGAAGAUACAUCAUCUUGUCACUAUGGAUCCACUCUUCCAAAAGAUUCAACUUGUAGUUUGCCUUGCAGUUGGACUGAAACAGAUCCUUCUACUUUUCUUAUUCGUGGGUUGACCUACCUAGAUGAUCGUAAGAAGAUUAAGGCAAAAGGCACCUUGAUGCAAAUGGUGGGUGCAGAUUGGUUGAAGUCUGACAAACGGGAAGAUGAUCUAGGUGGUCGGCCUGGGGGCAUUGUUCAGAAAUAUGCAGCAAAGGGUGGUCCGGAAUUCUUCUUCAUUGUGCACAUACAGGUCCCAGGUACAACAACAUAUAGUCUUGCUCUCUACUAUAUGAUGGAUACCCCUUUAGAAGAUUCACCUUUGCUGGAGAGUUUUGUCAAAGGAGAUGAUGCUUAUAGAAACUCGAGGUUCAAGCUGAUACCAUACAUAUCCAAGGGACCAUGGAUAGUCAAGCAGAGUGUUGGGAAGAAAGCUUGUCUUAUAGGUCAAGCACUGGAAAUUAAUUAUUUUCGUGGAAAGAACUACAUAGAGCUUGGUAUAGAUAUUGGCUCAUCUACUGUGGCAAGAGGUGUUGUCAGCCUUGUUGUUGGUUACCUGAGCAAUUUAGUUAUUGAGAUGGCCUUUCUUGUCCAGGCCAACACGCCGGAAGAGCUCCCUGAAUAUCUUCUAGGGACCUGCCGUCUUAACCAUCUGGAUGUUACUAAAGCUGUUCAAGUGAAACCAUGAUUUCUAAUACAUUCAGUUUCUAGGUAAUUAGUCCAGAAGCUUACAGGAAGCUAGGGUUAUUCAUUUGCACAGGAAAUAUGAAUGACACCUUAUAUAAAAAUACAGAACUGGUGUAAAGUGACUAGUGAAAGUCCAAUUCUUUGAUUCAAUCAAAAGCCACACCAGCAGUGUGCUGCAUUAAUGUUUGUUGUAUAGUCAACAAAAUUGUGCUGUUUUCUAGUUUUUGGUAAACCCCAUUGUGGGAACAUUGCUUUUC